UAUUAAACAAAAAAAAAUAUUUUCUUUUUUAAUAACUUUUUAUUUUUGUUAAAUUCCCCCAAAAAUCUUAAUUAUUAUAUAAUUUUAACUUUAUUACAAAAAUGCAAAAAAUAAAAAAAGUCGAAAACAAAUCACUUUCGGAUUCUUCAUGUUCAGCUGACUCUUAUAACCACAACACAAAUAACAAGAAAAAUUGGAAACUUGCCAUUGCUCAAGAUGGUGAAUUAUUUUUUAUCAAACGAUCCAAAAAGUCUUCAUUAUCCACCGGCCUCACUCAAACCAACAACUCAUCCAAUCAUAACAAAAACAUACCUCUAAACUCGUUGAAACUAUCAACAAUUAAAAAUGCUGAUAUCAACAAAGAACUCUAUUUAAUAGUUAGUUCAAUGGAUCGCUACAGAUUCGGUCGACGAUCUUCGAUUAUCGAAUCUAUGCUAGGUUUUGGUGUAGUUCCAUUCAGUGAUAAUUUUGAAUGCCUAAUGGUUGCCAAUAUUAUUGAUAACUCUAUUAAACUCGAGUAUCCUUAUAUUCAACAAGGCGAUUGGUUCAAGUCCAUGGAUAACAUUGAAGUGCGAACAGAAAAUAUUGAUAAACUCCUUUUACAAUAUACCAGAGCUACCAAGGUCAAAUUAACUUUCAAGAGUUCACAAGCCGUCAAUACAGACCCCGUGGAGGAAAACUGCGAAAUUGGUGACAUACAAAGCUUUGACGAGUUUGCACUCAAUUAUAAGCAAACAUUUGAAAGUAGACACUCAUCCGACAACCAGGAUCCAGUAUUCUUAACAUUAAUAAUCAGUCGGGAAUAUUUUCAAUCCGAAAAUAACGAAUGUCUCUUCUACUAUCCUUUUCUAUCCAAUAACUUUCUCUAUACGGCUAAGGGUAGCUUUCUAACAUUAGAUUCUCUUAUUACUAACGAUCUUAGGUCAAAGGCUAUACAAAGUACUAUCACAGUUAAUCAUACUAAGUACUAUAUAACUUAUGGUCACUUAAAUGAUACGCUUGUUGUUUGCGCAUUUGCAUCAACUUAUCAGAACAAACAACAAACAAAAUCAAACUCUGAUGAUUUUAUAAACUGUUUAAAGUUUAACAUUUCAGACUAUCAGAGUUUGGAAGCGAGGCAAUUCUUGUGUCAUGUCUGUGAUGUUUUUAAAAACAACAUCAUCAGACAGAGACAGAACACUGCUACGACUUUGAGUUUUGGUGUUUUUGCUGGUUCAUCUUUGGGUAUAUCACUGCCUAAAGAAGCUCAGCUUCGAAUAUGUGAUGCUCUGAGUGAAUUUGAAUCUAUGGACCACAAAAAGUGGAAUGAAACACACAAGACUUCUUCUGAUCUUAUUGUUUGUGGUACAGCGUUGUAUUACAAUAAAUUUCUUCUUUCAUCAAAUUUGCAAGUUGACUUACGAACGUCUAUUGAAUGCUAUUUACGUGUUAAAGGUAUCACUUUAUUCGAAAAUAUGAAGGAAAUGUAUAUUUGGGAGGAAAUACAAAGUUAUGUAGAAAGUAAGCAUUAUUUGGCAAUAUGCCUGCGUAACGAUCUUAUGUUGGUGGCGGUUUUGAUAAGUCCUCACCAGCAAGUUACAAAUUUAAAAAUAUCUUGCAUUCCUUAUAUGGAGGAAAUAGCUAAUACGGUUGAGUAUCUUCUCUCAUCAGGCAUAGAUUGCAUAUCGCAAUUUUGGAUUGAUUCGGCGAAGCGGCCUUCUAUGAAGAAGAUCACUCAAUCCUCAGCAAUGCGUAAAUUUACAAUUCAAAAGGAUAUUUCAUUGGAUUGUAUCGAAGGUAAUAAUGUGAUAGUUCAAGAGUCUCCACCACAUAGUCUUUUGAUGGGUGGUCAGCCUGAGGAAGGGUAUCGGCGUAAUUUUGAAUCAGAAAGUGUUUCUGAUGGGUUUAGUGAUUUCAAAGAAUACAAUAAAGAUUGUGAGUAUAUUGAACCUUUGUUGAAUGAGGUUAAAAAUAUUAUGCCAAUGAAUUGGACUGCAGGUUGGUCGAAUGAUUUUAAGUUUUUCGUUUAUUGGAAUUGUUCGGAUGCUAUAGUAACGAGUUCGUUAAAACCCACGUGCUCGGAAAUGCAUUUGAGUGUGUUGAAAGAUAAUAUUGUCAAUAUUCACAAUAUAAUCAAUGGUAAUUCGAAUUGCAAGAGAAAACUUAAAGACAAUGCAACAUGGAAUAGAAAUGUUGUGUUGAGAGAACAUGGCGUUUCAGUUAAAUUGAAAAAUAAUGAUUCGGAAGAAUGCGAGUCUCUAUUCAUAAUUGGUCGAUUGUUUGCAUUUCCUUUGAAAGAAAUCUAUGUUUGUUUUGGUUCGAAUUACUCACAAAAUCUUGUAGAAUUAGCAUUUCGAAUGUCUUUACUGAAUGUUGGUUAGGUUUAGGUUGUAUAUAUUUUAUUUU